AUGCACGUUUUACGCCAUCUUGAAUACACCCGCAGUUUGUUAAGUCGCCUUCAGAUAAAGAGGCUCAGCAGCUCUUUUAAUCAUUUCCUUAGUGGCCGUAAUGAACGGUUCACGAAACAAAACGGCACCGAUACUGAACAUAAGUCACACGGACACAGACUCCUGCUCGGAACCGACCCACAGAGAGCGAAAGAGUGUCGGAGGAGGAAGAGGAGGAGGAAUGCUGAAGAAACUGAAGUCGAGGCGCAGUCAGACGGAGAAGUGGCCUGUGGUCACCGAGGAUGAGCUCCGGGCUCUGGGAGGAGAUAUCACCCCGGACCAUGUCCUGGGGCUCCGGGCUGUCACGGAGGGUGAGUACCAGGAGUGUUUAACAGGGUUUAUUUCAUCUAAGUUAAUAAAACCGCUCAUUAUUGUCAAAGGCUAAAUGUGGCUAAGUUUGAAAACGACUUCUAAGAUAACUACAUCACACACUUUUCAUAAUAAGGUUAAAAUAUUAAACUGCUGAAGCUGUUUGUGUUACUAUAACCUAAAUUAGACAUUCUCUGCUUUUGGUGGCAAGAAAGAAGAUGCACCAGGGUCGUACCCAGCAAUCCGGAUCACCUAUAUAAUCCUAUUAAACUCAAGCCCCCCUUUCUUUAGAACUACAUUAAAACAAGACAUCCACUAAAGACUCUAUGGGGAUUUUUUAUACUAAAAAUAGACUGAAAUUAACAUUUAUGCCUGUCUGUGAUAUAAAAGAACAAAUAAUACCAUCAAGGACAAGAUUGACCACAUUUAUAUUGUACGUUUUGAUUCAUGAAACUGGUGCAAGAGGGUAGAUGUGAGCCAAAAACCUGAGGAGACACCUCUGUUUCUACCUUUUCCAAUUAAAGGGAUAUUCUGGUGUAAAAUUAAGUUAGGGUCAAACACACCAUAACACCGAGUUAGACACCCCGUCGAGAGAUGAAUGUUGCAGACCGCUACCUUCACUAUUUAUACCAACUUUAAUAAUGACUGCACGAUAGCAAUAUACAGUGGUCUGAGGAGACACACACAAACCUCAACCAAAACGCCACUCUAUAGCCACAAGUAAUGCUCAGAACAGCACUUAACUUCAUCAACAGGACAUAUAGGGUCACAGACAUAGUACUAGCCACCAAACAUCUUUUUAACUUUGCCUGAUUUCUUUAGCAAAGAGACUAAACACAACUCACCCACUCUCUUCCAGCAGCCGCUUGUUUGAAGCGAGACCUCGAACAGUCUAUUACAAACUGCAGUGGGGUGUCUAACACAGUGUUACGGUGUGUUUGACCCUAAAUUAAAUGAAUUUUAUGCUGGAAUAUCCCUUUAAACUAUUCUCAAUAACUGAUAGAUUCGAUAUUUGUCAGAAAAUGUGACUGAAACAUGUAGAUGUCAAGCUGGGCAAAGAAUGAAAGUUCCUCACAUGUGCUUUAAAGUUUUCCACAGACUCAACUUUUUGUUCCUGUAAUUUUAAAGAUAGAUUUCAAUUAAUAAAUCGAACAUUUCCAGAAAGUCUGUGAGUGUUUCCAGUCAUUUCACCAGCAGUUUAAGACCUUGUUUUGCUUACUAGAUGAAAGAAUUCAGUCAUAAUGCUGCGGAUCAUCAUGAGGUUUUAAAUUAUUCGAGACACAAAGUGAGCCAAUGUUGGUGCCUGCUUGGCGUGGAGUCUUCAAGGCCUAGAGAUAAGAGCAUGGGAUUUGCAACAUGAAACGGUCUUAUUCUGCCUAAACACCUCGAGGUUUGUUUUGAAAUAGUGCAGCACUGAUAGAACUUAACUAUAUCUCCAGAUGUAUAUGAUCUUGAAAAGUAAGAUCCAAGUUUAUGUUGAAACCUGACAUUUGACCCAACAUCGUAUUGAAACAUGAAUUAAAACCUGAAUUAUAAGGCAGCCCUGGUUCAUAGUGUAUAAACCUUCCUCUGAGUACAGCUUUUAUCGGUGAUUGUAGAUGUUUUUGCCGUCUGGAUUUGUCAUGGUCUUCCACCCCACAAGUAUUCUCCUCUUUGCUCCUGCCUCUGAGUCAGACCUCAGGGUCUGUCAUCAGACACCCAGCCUACCACAGUAGCAGCCGAUUCUUAAGCCUCCCAUUGUCUUUGUCGUUUUCCCGGACCAGACAACAAUGGCUGAACUUCCCUUCUCUCUCACCACUCUGUUGAAAACUUUGGGGUCCUGGUUACAGCAUUACUCACCACUACUGCAAGGUGCAGCGGCCAGGAACAGAUACUGAAACCCUAGCUGCUCCUGGAGCGCUCUCUUAGCUUUUUAAGUGAGGGUCAGCCUCUGUACUCAAAGGUAUUUCGACACAGAAUUGCUCAUUCUUCUGACUCUGUGUGAAUAAGGAAAGAGGAGCCUCUGUUUGCUAUCAGGUACUUAAUUGCUGCACAAUAACUGACUCAGCUCUUUAAUGUUUGUCCUAAUAACAAACUUCCUCUGUCGUUCCAGACUAUCUUUGCAAACCUGAAGACAACAUCUUCAACAUUGACUUUACACGUUUCAAAAUCAGAGAUCUGGAGACAGGAACGGUACUAUUUGAGAUCGCCAAACCUCCUCAAGCCGGUAAGUCACAUUUUACCUUUUGCUGCCGCAUAAAUCUAAACAGUCCUAUAGAGGAGGAACAGUUUACAUGAGAGAAAAAUCCUGCACAGCUUUGAUGAUAUGUUGUUUUUUCUGUUCAGGUCCUGUGGAGGGUGAGGAUGAGAUUGGAGAAGUAGACACCAGCGCAGGGCGCUUUGUUCGAUAUCAGUUUACACCAGCCUUCCUUAAACUGUGUACUGUUGGUGCCACGUAAGUAAAUAAAACACAACUUUCUGAAAAACACAGCUAAAGCUCUUUAGAUUUAUACGUUUGUCUCCUAAAUCUAAGGUCCUGCUAUUGAUGAGGAAAACUUCACGUCUCGUCUCAUUUAGUUGCAUCACAGGAAAUUGUGCAAAGACAUGUCCUGUUGUAAGCAAGUGAAAGAUUAAUAAUUUCUAAAUGGUUAUUAUAGUUUUUUAAGUUGAAUUGAUUGGCUUUUAUGCCUUUAUUCAUAGAGGACAGGGCAGUGGAUAGUGCAGGAAACGGGAAGAAAGAGUGGGGAGUGACAUGCAGGAAAGGUGCCGCCUGUUCGAGGACCAUGCCUUGUACAUAAGGUGUGCAGCUUCACCACAAGGCCACAUCAGCUUCGCUUCAUAGUUAUUUUUAAUACUGCUGUCGAGGGUGGAGGGGGAGGUGUCAGACAAAGUGAGUGACACUGUGCUGACUAAAGAGCCUCGUUUUAAGUUUUCAAAGGCAAAAAAUCUCAAUAACGUGCAGGAUUUUACUCAGGAUGUCGGUUUAGAAGCAUUUCUUACAAAUGCACGAGACUAAACCAGCUAAAAGAUCAGAGGAGACUCUAUAUGGGACACAAAUACGCAUCUGUUAAUGUGCCUGUGUUUUCAUUUUGUCUCUAUUCUUUCAGUGUGGAGUUCACAGUAGGCGACCGACCCAUCAACAGCUUUCGUAUGAUUGAGAGGCACUACUUCCAGGGACGCCUCCUCAAGAACUUUGACUUUGACUUCGGAUUUUGCAUUCCCAACAGCCGCAACACGUGUGAACACAUUUAUGAGUUUCCGCAGCUUUCAGACGACACCAGUGAGUUCCAGUCUGUUUUUAUCCGUUAUUACAUGGUUUAACUAAAUUAACUUUGCUUUGCUCAUGUUCUUCUACCUCUUUUUUUCUCCCCUUCCAGUUCGCCAAAUGGUUGCACACCCUUAUGAGACCAGAUCGGACAGUUUCUACUUUGUGGACAACAAACUUAUCAUGCACAAUAAGGCGGAUUAUGCCUACAACGGUGGUUUGUAAUACCUGAGAGGAAAAAUGUGCAAUACUUCACAGGGGAUAUAAUUUGGUGGAUUCCAACGAUCCUGAAGUUUCAUUUUGGGGGACAGGAAGUAUCCCCUCCUUCAUGGACCUCCAUAUUUACAUAUUCAUCAGAAUGAUCGGACCACAUCUGCCUUCAUAUAAAAUCAUGGAUCCAUUCAUCUGUACCUCAUGGAGCUCAGAUUCUUGGACUUUUCUGUCAAACAUUGCUUUGUUUAAUCAGAUGGAAACUUUUUGUCGUGAGUUUCAUGUUACUGCUUGAAAACUUUUGCCUUACUUAUCUCUGCUGGAAAGGGAAACUUUGGUUCCAGACCUCUCACGGCAAAGCCUUUAGAUUUACAUAAAUAUGAAUUAACUUACUAAGUGCGUAGUUUCUUUUUUCGAUAUAUAUAUUGUUUGAACUACCUUUUUUGCAAGAGACAAUUGUGUUUCCUGUAUGGAAACACAGCGAGCGUAAACUAGACGUUUUAUAGCAGUGUUAGCCUUAGACGAUCAUGUAGCAUUAGAGGACUUUGUUUGAGUCUCAUUAACUUUCUCCUGUCUGUUGUAGGUCUUUGGGAUUGUUCAUUUCACACAUUAAGUUUGGUCUUAACAUGAGGUGGGCGCAUCUGGACAUACUUUAUAUAAACACAGCAUGAGCUUUCUGAGCUUUAUUGUGGGGUUUCAUUUGUGGCGUCUUACAUUUCACAAUUAUUUAUUGUUUGCAGCAUUUGGAGCUUUUGUGAGAGUCUUUUUCCUGUCAAACUGCGACAUAAACACACUUGAAUACAAAAGGAGAAACUAGCACAGACUCUUCAGUUACUGACCCGUGGUUAUUUGAUCCCUUGAGGUUUGUCUUCUUGGUUAUUUGCCACACAAACACUGUGAAUCCCCUACUGUAGGAAGACGUGUGGCACACAGUUUGGCUUACUUAUUAAAGUGACGGCUAAAUUUAUCUCUCGCUGCUCUGCUCUCAGGUUUUUGGUCUACCAAUGAAAUACCCCAGUAGCACACAAUAUUGCAGCACAAAGUGAUGUCUUGUUAUUUGAUCUAUUUCUUAUGAGUCAUGAGGCUAAACUCAUCUUUUUCUAUUCUUAGAAGCCCUGUUUUAAGGACAGUGGUAUUGACUUUGCACACAAAUUUGUCAUUUUUCAAUUAAACAUAGGAUUUCAGUCGACUGUAAGUUUGUUCUGCGCUCAUCUUUUCAUAAAUAAAGAUGUUUUUUUUUCCGUUGAGGUUGGUUUGAGUGGGUGGUCAAACAGCUCUUGUGCUGUUGAAAUGUUUCCGUGCACAGACAGGUGUUUCUGACAGGAUCGAGCACACGGACAGUGAAGAGUUUGGAAGUGCCUCUUACUCUCGUAAUGAUUUCCAGGCUUGUUUAGUUUGGUCAGUUAAAGGUAAACUAAAGUUAGCAUCAGGCUGAAAGGCACAACAGAUUUUAAAACCUUGUGAAUGACCAGCAGAGCUUCGCCAUCUGUGCUUCCCUGACUGUUCUUUGUCAAACCGACUCUGUGUGCCUCAAACCCAAGUGAUCUUUAAUUUAAUUUAAUGCUAUCAAUGAUGUCCAUCAUCCACCUGAAAUACAACUGUGAGCUAAUAAUUGGUCAAAUAUUCCACAAGGUGUGAUAUCCUCUUUGUGGCAUUUGCUCUUUGACCCAAACAAACUUGAAUUUUGGCCGACUUCAUAAAUCAAUAUCUUCAUCAGACCUCUGAUUAUAGCGCUACUGCUGUGUUGUUGUUCCGCCAUCAAUUUUUUCCCCUUCUCUAUGUCUGUUUUUGUCAUUUCAGGUUGUUAAAAGAACUGUAUAUCUGCACAAAAAGACCAUGUGAUUGACCCGACAAUGUCUGAAACCAUCCUGUAAACUCUUUCAUUGACUCCUCUUUUUCUACUGGCUGAUUUUUACAAAUGAAACUUUAAUGUUGUGUCAUUUGAAUUGUAAAUAAAAAUGAAUGACUGCAAAACAAACUCACACUCAAGACACUA